GGAGGAGGGAGCAACGGGAUCGGUACUGGGUUCAGAACACAUUAGCUUUCGCAGUUUCGACACACGUAACCAUCUGCCCAGACAUUUAUCAUUAACUGGAAAAUAGUGAACACAACGGGAGAGCUGGACAGCAGGAGGACGGCAUGGGAGAGCACACGGCGUUAUUGCUGUUACUGGUGGCGACCUUGACGCUUUCAUCCGAGGUGCCAGGAGAUGACUCUGUGGGUUUGCUAACUGAGCCCCAGGUGGCCAUGUUCUGUGGAAAGCUCAACAUGCACAUCAAUGUGCAGAGUGGCAAAUGGGAGCCUGACCCUUCGGGCACCAAGAGCUGCAUUGGCACCAAGGAGGGCAUCCUGCAGUACUGCCAAGAGGUGUAUCCAGACUUGCAGAUCACAAAUGUUGUGGAAGCCAACCAGCCUGUGAGCAUCCAGAACUGGAGCAAGAAAGGUCGCAAGCAAAACCGCAGUCAUACGCACAUUGUGGUGCCGUAUCGCUGCCUGGUCGGGGAGUUUGUGAGCGAUGCCCUUCUCGUUCCCGACAAGUGUAAGUUCCUGCACCAGGAGCGUAUGGACCAGUGUGAGAGCCACCUGCACUGGCACACUGUAGCCAAAGAGUCCUGUGGAGACCGCACUAUGAAUCUCCAUGACUACGGAAUGCUGUUGCCAUGUGGCAUCGACCGUUUCCGAGGAGUAGAGUUUGUCUGCUGUCCAUCUGAGGCGGAACGGGAGUCUGACAGCACAGAGGUAGAGGGACAGGAGUCGGAUGUGUGGUGGGGGGGAGCUGAGACUGAAUACACCGAUAACAGCAUGUCACGUCCGGCAGACACUGAGCCUGCCACCACAGAGGAUGAUGAAGACGAGGAUGAACAGAUGGAAACAUUUGAAGGGGAUGAAAAUGGAGAUGGCGAUGAAGAUGAAGAGGAUAUCGAGGAAGACGGCGUGACAGAUGAGCGGGAUAGCGAUGAGCGGAAUGCUAACAUUGCCAUGACAACCACUACCACCACUACCACUGAAUCAGUUGAAGAAGUUGUCCGAGCUGUGUGUUGGGCUCGUGCUGAGUCAGGCCCUUGUCAUGCCAUGCUGGAGCGAUGGUACUUCGUGCCUAAGAAGGGCCGCUGUGCUCCCUUCUUGUUUGGGGGCUGUGGGGGCAACAGGAAUAACUUUGAAUCGGAGGAGUACUGCCUAGCUGUCUGCAGCAGCUCGUUGCCCACUAUGGCCCCCAGUUCUGCAGACGCAGUGGAUAAGUAUCUUGAAUCUCCUGGUGACGACAGUGAACACACGGACUUCCAGAAAGCCAAGGAAAGCCUGGAGGCCAAACAUCGUGAAAAGAUGUCCCAGGUGAUGAGGGAGUGGGAGGAGGCAGAGAGACAAGCCAAGAACCUUCCUCGUGCUGAUAAGAAAGCUGUCAUCCAGCACUUCCAGCAGAAGGUGGAGGCUCUGGAGCAGGAGGCAGCAGGAGAGAGACAGCAGCUGGUAGAAACCCACAUGGCGCGGGUGGAAGCUCUGCUCAACAGCCGCAGACGCCAGGCUCUGGAAAAUUACCUGAGUGCCCUACAGGCCAGCCCUCCAUGGCCCCGUCAGGUAUUGAGUCUGCUGAAGAAAUAUGUCCGUGCAGAACAGAAGGACAGGCAGCACACGCUUAAACAUUACGAGCAUGUCCGCUCAGUCGACCCCAAGAAGGCUGCACAGAUUCGACCUCAGGUUUUGACCCAUUUACGUGUGAUAGAUGAGAGGAUGAAUCAGUCAUUGGGUCUGCUCUACAAAGUGCCCGCUGUGGCUAAUGAGAUCCAGAACCAAGUUGCGGUUAUAAUGCAGAGAGUCCAGACAGAUCUGUCUCAGCAAGUCUCAUCUCUGCAGAGCGACGGGCGGAUGGAUGGUAGGGUGAGUUACGGUAAUGACGCUCUGAUGCCAGAUCAGGCCUACAGCUCUGCUCCGAUGGACCCUGGCCUGGAUGGAUUCGGCUUCAUUCAUCCUGAGAGCUUCAACCAGCCCAACACGGAGAACCACGUUGAGCCUGUUGAUGCUCGUCCAAUUCCAGACAGAGGGCUGCCCACACGACCUGUCUCUGCCCUGAAGCCAGAGGAGAUGCCAGAAGUACGGAUGGAGACGGAAGAAAGGCAAAAUGCUGGUUAUGAAGUCUACCAUCAAAAACUGGUGUUUUUCGCUGACGAUGUGGGGUCUAACAAAGGUGCCAUUAUCGGACUUAUGGUUGGAGGGGUUGUCAUAGCAACUGUCAUUGUCAUUACCUUGGUGAUGCUGAGGAAGAAACAGUAUACCUCUAUUCAUCACGGCGUAGUUGAGGUGGACGCAGCAGUGACACCAGAGGAGCGUCAUCUGACCAGGAUGCAGCAGAACGGCUAUGAGAACCCCACCUACAAAUUCUUUGAGCAGAUGCAGAAUUGAAGAACUCAUCAUCAACAUUUCCUUCUGGCGUGUCCCCAAAUCACACACUCUCACCACUCGCAAGGUCUGUUCCACUCGAGUCCUUUGCCCUAAGCCUCCACAGCUUCAGUCUCUCUCUCUCUCUCACUCUGUUGAGCCGUGAAACCAUGUUUCAGUCUGUAUGUUUACAUGAUAUGUAUGAAAAAAUGUAUGAUUGUGUUAGUCCAUCUGAAAUAUAUAUACAAACAUGUUAGUCUGACUGAAAUUGUGAUGAAUCGAAUUUCUCACCCAGAUUACGUGAUUGGGAUUUGAGCUACGACAGCAUGUGUACAUAUAUAGUCAGACCAGAUUAAAGCCUGGUUUGGACUCUCUGAUCAUGUGCCACUGUUUCAGCCCCCAGCCUUUACCCAAAACUAAAAGAAGCAACCAAAUUCAGGCUGAUACAUGGCAAGGAGACAGAUUGUAUGCUCUGUUAGCCUUAAGAAUUUAAUAUUUUCAAGUUUAUUGAGCGACAUACUUCAUUCAGACAACUGAUUCCUUGCUAUUGCCUGUAUACUACGACAAGUACAGUAGUCGAGUUACAACUUAAUUGUGCAUGGAAAUGAGUGUGAGGUUUGAGUCAAAGGAACCUGACAUGGAACAAAGCCUUCUUAUACCCUGAUCCCUUGAUUGUACAGAGCUUACAUUCACCUGCAUUUGGUCAGACAAGGGUUAUCCUGUUUUAACGACCCAACCCAGCCACCGAGAACAAAACCUCAUAGUGUUUGUACUGAACCACCGCCACCCUGUUGAAUAUUUAUUUUAAGUCACGACAGUCCCGCUCUCGCAGCUGAAACCAGAAAUGUGUGAACCUGAUUAGUUAGCAGAUUAAUUCCAAGUCGCUCCGUCAUCACUCCAGCUGUUUUCUCCCUUUACCUCCAACCACGUUCCUGUUCCCCUGCUCUCAGAUGACAGCUGUGCUGUUUGAUGACAUAACAGCUUUUAGAGCUGGCAAACGAGAGGAGGGGCUCUCAGAGCUGCACAGUUACAGCCCAAGUGUUUCAGGUUUGUUUUUCAGAAAAGGAUCGAGAAAAAAUAUCAGAAAAAGAAACAUAAUCAAAAUAUGUAAAAGUUAAUUAAAAAAAAACAUUGAAUGUUUGGGUUUUUUUUAAUGUGUAAUAUAUUAAGACAAAGAAUAGCUGUAAGUAUAUGUAGUGCAUGGCAAUAUUGAUGACAGAUACAGUUAACUGUAUGUCGAGGUCCUCAGGUGCGGUCCUCUUACUAGAUAUUUUAGCAGGAUUGUACAUUUGUAGUGUCUUCUUUGUGAUCUUGUGAUAUGAAGAAGAAAGAGUAUUCAGAAUCUGGUCUGCUUUGUGGUCACACAGACUUGCUUUAACUGAAUCUUGGCUCUUAAAGCUCAUCUCCAUGCUUCACUGUUGUGUUAGCUGCAUGGGCAAAAUGCUCUUACUGUAUGUAAUAUAUGAAGUGUAAUAGUAUCCGAAAGGAAGACGAUCGUGUUACUGUUUGCGUUCUAUGCACUCUGUCAUUUUGGAAGUCUGAUUAUUAUUACCAAAUAUUAUUGCUGUUAAGUCCCUGAUAGCAAUUCACUCUGUCACUGCUGCGCAAUGUUUCUUUCUUUUUAGAAGGAAAACCAGGGAAGGUUUUCUGAAAUUAUCAUUCCAGAUUUGUUUCAUUCCACCAUCUCUCCUGAUUGUACAUAUUUGGAAGAUGGACAUCCAGCUCUCAAUGUUAAAUUUUCCCUUGUCUUUUUUCCACGCAAUCCCCAUAUUUAUCCCAUCUUUCUUUCUGUCUGUGUCAGCAAUAUUGUACAGUGCAGCAUUUUGGGGUCUGCAUGCGAGUAUUUGAUAAACAGACGGGACUCUCGGUCAGCUCUGCAAACAUUAGAGCAGUUUUGUAGAUGGUCCAAUUUCCUCUGGAUUUGUUCACAUUCACACAUUAUAUUUUUGUACAUUUCCUGUGUAUAUGUGUACAGUCAGUGCAUACGUUUGUCCUGUGGUGGAUAUUUCUUAAUCUUCACAUCUAUAGUAAAGUAACAGUCCUCACAAAGAGGUGAAGAGAAAUUGGAGAAAAACCACAUCUUACAUCAGCACUUCCCUCUCGCCCCUCAUUUAAAUUAUUUAGGCCACCUUCAGUUAACACGAAUGUGACUUGCAUAUCAUGCAUUUAUACCACAGAUAUAUAACACAUAUCACAUCUACACUGGGUGUCUUUGAAGGCUAGUGACAAAUAAGUCUGUUUGUUUUCUCAUUGAUUCAGUGACCUUCCUCUGUGUGUAGUUAAAUGAAACGUUUGCUUAGAGUAAGAAAAUUCUUUCUACACUCAUUAUACCAUAAAUAAAAUUUUGAAUGUACAUAAAACGUU